UUUUCUGUGGAGAUAGGUGAACCUUCAAGAGGUUACAAUCUGGAGGUGUUUGAUGCAAACUUUGUUUUGCCUCAUCGUGGACCAAUAGGUAUAAUUAAGUGAAAAUCCCUUUCCCUAAGUUUGCGGAAAGAAAUUUUAUGAAGGAAAAGUCAUGCAUGAACCAGUGCAGCCCACUUCGGCCCCACUGAUGACCAGUCCAAAACGCUUUGUGUAUGUAAAAUUGCGUCUGGAUAAAAAAUAAUGGAAUUAGCCAUGAGCAUCUUAGAGGAUACUUAACAUGCUUUUUCAUUAUGUACCUGUACCUGUAUAUUUACAUGUACCCGUAUCUAUGUGUUUUGGCAUUCACACUCUGAACAGAGUUUAGUUUUGAUUAAUUUAGGACAAUACUAUGGCAUUAUUUUGUUGAAGUAUUUCACACUUGCAAACACCAAAAAGCGCUUGUCUGCUUCAUGAUUUAGAUCCAGAUUUUUAACAUUUGUCAGGCGCUAAUGGACUGGCAAACCCCCGGGACUUCCUAACACCUGUAGCAUGGUUUGAAGACAGAGAUGUGUCCUCUGGUUUCACAGUUAUCAGCAAAUUCCAGGGAAAACUCUUUAAAGCCAUUCAGGUUUUGAUUUAGAAGUACUAGUGGCUAAACUUCUUUGUAAAAUUAUACUGGUAAGAACAUUUCAUUGGACCAAUUUCAAUAUAUUAAAAUUUACCCUUAGCUCUGAGGCUUGGGGGAAUAAAACAAAAGAAAUCAUCUUGAGCUUCAGCAAUGAAUAAUAUAUUUUGUUUUAUUCCCCCAAGCCUCAUGGCCAAGCUUUUUACAUGUAUGAAUUUUAAUGUGCAGAACUUGGUUUAUUAUAGGCCCUAGGGGAUGUUAAAGGAAAUUGAGAAUCAACCUAGGUUAAAAAAAUUUAACCUGAAAUCAAAUUUGGCCUGUAACAUAUAUAAUAUGGUUUAUAUCUAGCCUCUGGAGGUACUGAGUAUAGUUUUGGACAUUGCUCAUCAAAGUAAGACCUUCUGAAAAUUUUGAAGGUACACAUGAGCCAUAAGGCCUACAUGGCCAUAGCUUAUCCUGGUUUCUGUGGCAUUAAGGACUAAAGAGUAAAAUUUCAACUCCUCCUUGGAGCUGAUGCUAGUGUCCACUGCAUGGAUAACUCUCAGCAGAAAGUUGUUUGCACUCAUUUUAUACUCUCCUGGAUGAAAGAAAAAGUAGAGCAAAGUUACUUCUUGUCUAAGGAAAUGAUGUGACAGCAAAAGGCUUGAACCCAGACCUACAAAUUCAGAGUUCAAGGUGUUAACCUCUUGAUCACCACACUUCCUGAGAAAAAGUGUGUUAAUUCAUGAUCAAAAACCCGAAUAACACACCUGUAAAUUCAUAGCUUAAUUCUGUUGGAAAUGACUCACACAUUGCAUUAUUGUCCCGCUCCUCAUUCCUCCACCCAUUUUUCAUUUCUUCCAUUAUUGUUACUUAUCAAAUACAGUGAAACCUCUACUAAGCGGACCCCAAUUAAGCGGACUCCCUCUAUUAAGCAUAACAGACAUUGCGCAAGUUUUACAACCUCUAUCAAGUAGACACCCUCUAUUAAGCGGACACUUGGGAAGGUCCCGAACGUGUCUGCUUAAUAGAGGCUUCACUGUAUUAUUAUUAUUUUGCCCUCUAUUCAUUCAUGCUUCUUUUGCAUGACUUGUUUAUUUCUUUAGGGUCAUUCCCCCUUUGAUGCUGUGGCUUGGUAUGGUAACUAUGCUCCUUACAAGUACAACCUAAGCUGCUUUAAUGUCAUUAACACAGUUUCAUUUGACCAUUGUGUGAGUAUACAUGUAGAUGCUAGGUGUUCUAGAUCUUUAUUGUGGAAGAUAUUUGACCAUGAAUCAUGCAUACCAGUGUCAUAUAAUGUUCCUCCAUACAGGGUCUAAUACUUGUCGACCAGUAGUACACAAUUUUACCAAUAAUACACCUCCAGGUAUUUUGAUUUGUAACGAAAGGACACCAUAGUAAUUGUGGGCGACAAGAGGAGCCCGCAAUCCUUAUCUCCAGGUUGUUAUUUUGCACGCAUCGCAUGUAUGUAGCCAGUAUUCGUUUCGACUUCUACUAAGAAUGAAUGGAUGCACAAAAUGUAAUUUGAUCACGCGCGUUUCAGCCUUCCAGCCCUCGUUAUCUAAUCAUGCAUGUUUUGUCACCACCUGUCAAGUGAAACUUACGCAAAGCACUGCAUUGGAGCAAAAGCGUUUGGACCAUUGAUCGUUGUCAACUGCACUCCCUAACCUUGGUAAUUACUAGUAUUACUUUUAAUUUCAGCCCUUACUUUAUACUGGCUAGAUCCAUUUUGUAAUAAAGAAUCCGAGAGUCUUCUGGUGUCUUGGUUGUUCAUAUAGAAAUAGAUUUUGCAUCUUGAUCCAGACUAAAACGUCUGGGUUUGAGAAAGAUUUUUAUAGACUUGGUGAAUAACUCAUGGUAAGCUAGGCCUUUUAGUAGGUUUAUAGCUGUUGAGUGUUGUGCAGACUGCUAGGACUAGCAGUCAAACUAAAUACAUCUUGUUUAACUGGGCAAAGAAAAUAAUAAAAAAAGAUGUUACAUUUGGGUAGUCAUCUGGAUGUGUGAUGUCCUGACAUGACUACAAACCCUAUAGAACUUUGCCGUCAUACAUGUAUAGCAUGUAUACCCCAUACACCACACACCUAGGUAUUAUAAUUAUUUAUUUCUCAUGCUUUAUUCGCAAGCAUGGAUUGAAGAAAGUAGCUGAAUUCCCAAUGGUGGGACACAAACCUGUGACCUGUCCACAUCAGAUCAUUGCUGUAAACAAAUCUUUUCAUUCUUUGUAGGACCCAUCAAUAUUCACUGUGUUGACAUGUCCCAGUUUAAAGCCCGGAGUUGCUAUAGCAGAUUUUGUCAUUUUCCACUAA